AUGAUUCGCAGCGACCCUUCUCUCGCUUACCAAUCAUCAAACGCUCCGCUCACCCCGACCAGCGAGGUUGCUCCUACGACACCUCCCUCUGCUUCAGAGCAUCACCUGGAUCGCAUCGCCAUCGUCUGCCUGGCGGUACAGCACAUCUCCUCUUCCUGGGGCUAUCGAAGCGCCGAAUUCGCCUUUCCCCUCUACUUUGCCUACCUCUUCCCGGCCACCCUGCUUCCCGCAAGUGUCUACGGGCUCUGCCUGCUGAUCGCCUCGCUCUUCUUCUCCCCCUCGGUGGGACGCAACGUAGACAAGCACAAGGCGAGGAGGCUGGCCGUGGUGAGGGGCUUCAUCGUUGCACAGAAGCUCAGUGUGGCUUGCUCGUAUGGUGGCUUUUGCUUCUUGUUCAAUCUAGGCGACACUGCCAUCCCAGAAGGCAAACGAUGGGCGGCAUUUGUGGCCCUCACAUUUGUAGGCGUACUCGUUGUGCUUAGCGGGACGGGAAUGACAAUUGCGGUGGAGAGGGACUGGGUGACAACGAUUGCCAAGGGGGAGGAAAGGAAGCUGACCAAGCUCAACACCAUCAUCCGUCAGAUUGACCUUAUCUCCAAGCUCCUGGCACCCCUGUUCGUCUCUCUCUUGACGACGACUACGUCAUACCGCGUGUCUGCCUUUAUUCUGCUGGGCAUCAAUUGCUUCACAUCCCUCUUUGAGUGGAUCUGGAUAGGAACAGUCUACAAGCGCUUCACAGAGAUCGGGGCUGACGAGCAGCGAGAGCAGUCGAGGCGGGCGAGCCUGCGGGCAGAGGACGCUGGUGCUCAAGCAGAGGGUCUGCGAGCGAGGGAGAGACUUCGAACGCUUCGUUCGCCUGAAGCCGUCUACAGAAAAGGUACCACCAAGGCACAUGCCCUCCGGAAGGAUCUGCAAGCCUUUGCUGCUCUGUCGACGUUCCCGACCUCGAUUGCACUCGCCUUGCUGUACACGAGCGUUCUGUCUUUCGACAGCACUUUCCUGACCUACCUCAAGCAGCCUCACCCUUCCGCCCUGCCGCUUUCAAGCACAUCAAACGGCAUCGUGAAGGUCGCAGCGCCAGGCAGUGGAGGCCAGGCGGUCGAUAUUUCCUACUCGGAUGCCUUUGUCUCUGGCAUGAGAGGCUUGUGUGUCGCCAUGGGCUUACUGGGCACAAUCAUCAUGCCGAUCCUAUCACGACGUGUCGGCCUCGUCAGGUUGGGCUCCUGGUCACUGUUUCAGGAAUUUAUCUCCCUCACUCCGACUGUGUGCGCCCUGUGGGUGGGCGUGGGUCUACCUUGGAACACGGCAUGCCUCUUCCUUGGGAUGGCGCUAUCUCGUACAGGCCUCUGGACAUACGACCUUACGCAGCUAGCUCUGUUGCAACAAGCCCUGUACGAGCAUCCCACUGCCUCUCUCCACUUUGGCAUCCAGCAAUCCCUGAUCAAUGCCUUUGACCUGUGCCACUUUGUCCUCACCCUGGUUUGGAACAAGCCGAGCGAAUUUGCCAGGCCGGCCAGUGUGAGCUGGGCGCUCAUCGGCACGGCAUGGGUGGUGUAUGUGGGAUGGUAUGCGCGAAGGGAGCGGGGUCACGUCUUGCAUCUGGAGUGGGUGGGAUUGGACAGCAAGAAAGGCGGCAAGGAUAGAGGGAAUGCCACCGGCGGCGGUGACAGAGAUGCAGGAGAACAGAGACUUGGCGAGGAGAGGACAGCCCAAGGAGAUGCCUGA